AACGAAUCUAGAAAUUCGAGCGCUCAACGUUUCCACGACCUGAUCAUCAUGACAAGCAGCUCCAGCAGCCUGCUGCAGUACUCCCACGUCAUCUUGACGUGCGGCGACACCGACAUGCCCUCCAUCACAUCGCUCGCCCCCAUGACGCAGCAGCUCCUUGCGCAAGAGAUCUUUCAAUACGACUUUUCAAAGGAACGUGCCGUCAUCGAGUCGUCAAACAGCCACUGGAUGUCGCAGGACGCCGCAACGAACGACGAAGAGCUGGUCAAGACUGGCAUGGCGAUCUUGAAUAUGGUCGACCACCACGGUACCACGCCCCCUUCCCCAGAAAAGAAGAGUCGGGCUGGUCUGGAUCGUCGAAACAGUGCCGAAGAGGCAGCAAUUGCGAUGGCACUUGCUGUCUCGCUUGAGGAGUACUAAUCGUCAACUAUAUUGUCCACAGGUCUACUCAACACUUCGCUCAAAUCGAGCACUGCAUCAACGAGCACAACUUGGCUGCUUACUGGACGGCAUUGCACGUGCCAUGGUGUUCAGAUUGAGGCCGCGCUCGCACUGCAUCUGCGUUGAUCAUAUUCAUGUUGUUUUUCUGGAAAAUAAAACAUUGGGGGAUAUAAUUGGAGAAAAGCUGAAAAUUUGGAACUUCAAAAACGUC